AUGCCUGCUAUCGCCUCCAGCCUCGGUAUCCGGGGCCCCGACCCACAGCACGAUGCCAGUAAGGAUAAUGUGGCCCCCAGCACAACCAACACGGUGGUCUGGAUCGUGGCGGCCGCCGUGGGCGGGCUCAUCGUUGUCGGGGGCAUAGUCGCCCUCAUCCUCAUUCGGUACACCAAACGACGUCAGAUCAGGAGAGAUCAGGAACUUCACCCAUACUUGACACGAGAAGAGAUCAUCAAGAGGCAAAAGAUGGAGGACAGCGACCCGUUCCUAGAACUGGAGUCGCACAGGAAGCACAUGAUCAACAAGUCACUUGCGACGCGGUCCUCGUACUCUGCGGGGAGCGGGUUCUCCGCGAUGGCGAACCAGAUCGACCGGGAACUGGCCGAGAUGGAACGGCAAGAGACGACGAAGCUAAAGGAUGACUGGAAGAAGUGGGAAGCCAAAGUGCGAAAGGAACGGUCCGAGUCAGGCGGCGGACACCCUGCAACCAGCGUAGCCAGCGAACCGCCCGUUCUCACCAUCCCCAUGCUAACGAAGCACCGAUCGCCUAGCCGGACUCCAUCCGCCGAGGGCCAGACGAUAAGCCUUUCGGCCGGACCGCGACCGGCAGGUGUUGAAGGCACCAUGCGGAGGACGACAACGAUAGAAUGCAGUUCGGACUCCGAGAGGUCACGAGGCGUGCUCGGUCAGCGGGCAUUGAACGUCUACGGUGUUUCGGCCAUGGUGGGCCGUGAAUCGGAAGUCUUCGGCAACAGAAGGUGA